CCUCUGGAUUUCGAGUCCCGCCACUCUUACACCUUCCGAGUCGAGGCCACCAACACGCAGAUCGACCCUCAGUACAUCCGGAAGGGCCCCUUCAAGGAUGUGGCCACUGUCCGCGUGACGGUAGAAGAUGCUGACGAACCUCCGGUUUUCUCCCGUCCCGAGUAUCAUCUGGCUGUUUAUGAAAACGGCCCACCAGGGACGCCAGUGGGCAAAGUCACGGCGGUGGACCUGGAUACGCCCAGCAGUGUCAUCCGAUACUCCAUCCUGCAGCAUACGGACCCUGAGCGCUAUUUCAGCAUCAACCCACAGGAUGGCGCGAUUCUGACCUCCGUGCCACUCGACCGAGAGGUUUUCGCCUGGCACAACAUGACCGUACUGGCAACGGAACUUGACAGUCCCACACAAGAUUCUCAGAUUCAUGUGGCCGUUCAAAUCUUGGAUGUCAACGAUAACUCACCCCAGCUGGAACAGAGCUACGAGCCUUUUGCUUGUGAUAAUGCCAUCCCGGGCCAACUGGUGCAGCUGAUCCGAGCGGUCGACCGAGACGAGGAUGGUAACACAAGCCGUAUCAUCAUCCGUUCCCCAUCCACGAUCAGAGAACCAAACGUCACUGUGCGGGAUAACAAGGCCCUGGUCCUGCUCUUUGUCGCCCUCCGGAGGCAGAAACAGGCUGCAUUGCUGCCCUUUGAGGAGGAAGACGUCCGUGAGAACAUCAUCACGUAUGACGAUGAAGGCGGCGGAGAAGAAGACACCGAGGCCUUCGACAUGGCCGCCCUGCAGAACCCGGACGCUGCCCCUCCACCCUCGCAGCAACGGCGCCUCCUCCGGCGGGACGUCCUGCCCCGUCCACACUUCCCGCCGUCCCUGUCCACCCGGGUACCACCGCAGCCUCACGACGUGGCCAGUUUUCUGACAGCCCGCUUGAGCGAGGUGGACGCCGAUCCUUCCGUGCCUCCGUACGACUCCAUCCAGGUGUACGGCUACGAAGGCCAGGGCUCUUCCGCCGGGUCUCUCAGCUCCCCCGGCUCUUCCUGCGCCGGGGACAGCGAUGCCGGCGGGUACGAGUAUCUGGAAGAAUGGGGGCCCCUCUUCCGAACGCUGGCCGAGCUGUAUGGGGCACCAGAGGGUCCUCCUCCAACCUGAGCCCUUGUGGGCCCGAUGCCUCCAUGGAAGAGCGUGGACCUCGAACCCCUUCCUCUGUUUUCGGUUGCUUGUUCUCCGUUCCGUCCACCAGCUUCCUCGUUCUCAGUUCUGGAUUUGUCCAUGACAAGCUCCAUCGUCUCAUGGAUUCCCAAAUCCUUCCUCUUGACCUCCUCUUGUUUUGCUGUGUUUGUCAACCACCAAUGUUUUUCUUUCCAUUUCUUAUGUCUGUAUAUCCUUUUCUUUUCCUCCUUUCUUUCCCUUCCCUUCCUUUUUC